AAUUUAAUCUGGAUCUUUUUAUAAUAAAAAAACAAUUGGGCUCAUCUGUUCGAAUUUUUUAUUCUUAUUGGAAAUUAAAACAUUCAUCAAUUCACGAAACACAGAGAUAUGCUUGACACAUUUUAAACGUAUGUUCCUCAUAGCAAAAAAAGAAAAAACGUAUGUUCCUAACAUAAAAUCACUAAACUGAUAGCCGCUAAAUGAGCAGCUCAAGUUUGAUCUUUUAAAACUCUUUCCCUGAUAAAACAAAUCUUUUAAUUAGUAUCUAUCACCCACUUCUUGAAAAAUAAAUAAAUAGUAUAACACCCACUCACUCGUAGGACCACCUACGUAUGACCACACAUUCGUAUCUUUUAGAGAUUAUAACGUUAAAUUCUUUUGAGGUUACAAAUCUGCCGUCACAUCUGUCUCACCAAAGAAGAAAGAAAAAAAAUCAUAUACUUGAAAAGAAAAAGAAAAAUAUUGGUUAGUAUAAAUGACACUGCAUUGCUACCCAGAUUCAGCAUAACCUUUUGUUUUUUAUUAAAAACCAAACAACUCAUAGCAUCCAAAGAUUCUCUUAUUACCAAAGCAAUUCCCACAACCACCAACAAGACAAAGAAAGGCAUUAUCCUAUGGCUUUUCCAUCUUCUUCAUCGUUCACAGUAGAUUUUGCGUAUGAAAAUGAAUUGGAUUUCUCGAGUUUGUUAACUCCUUCAACGUUAAUAUCAUUCCAAGAUCCUAAUCCAACAAAUCCGAUCAUUCAUACUGAAAACGACGGAAGACAAAGGAUCCGUGAUACGACCGUGACAGAUGAAAUCCCAAAAGAAGAUGUUGAGCCAAAGAACAAGAGAGUCAAACAUAGAGAGAUUGAGAGACAAAGAAGGCAAGAAGUCACGUCUCUUUUCAAGCACCUACGAUAUAUAUUGCCAGUUCAAUAUGUUAAGGGUAAGCGUUCUUCAUCAGAUCACGUUCACGAAGCUGUGAAUUACAUCAAAGACUUAGAAAAGAAGAUCAAAGAGGUCAGCGAGAAAAGAGAUCGAUUCAAGAGAUCUAUUACUCAUCCACCUCCAGCAGGAUAUUGUCCUAUAAGAUCAUUAGCAGCAUCGUGUUCGUCAUCAUCACUAUCAUCAUAUUGUUCUUGUGUUGGAGACACACAUAUCGAUGUUAAGGUGAGGACUUGUUUGGUCGGUAUCGAGAUAGUAGUAAGUUGCUGUUUCAGACACGAAUCUUGUCUCUCAAGGGUUCUUCAGCUUCUGGUUCAAGAACAAAGUUUUAAUGUUGUUAGUUGCAUCUCAACUAGACUGCAUCUAAGAAUCAUACACACCAUUGUCUCUGAGGUUGAGAAAGGAAUAGAGAUUAACUUCUCAGAGCUUCAAGAAAAGAUAAUCAAAAACAUGGGGACAUCGUGCUUUAAUUUUUAGAGCUGUCUUCAAUCAGAAGAAGGAUUUGUGAUGAUAUGCAAAUUAUAUGUCUUGAAUUAUGUAUUUUCAAAAUCAUAUAAAAUUAGAGACUUGUUGUUUAUUUUAAAUAAGUAUCUCUUAAUGUU